UCUUAUUACAGUAAAAAUGUAUCAUAGAAAAAUGACAGGAGUGAGAGAGUUUAGAGGCAAAAGGCAGGAUGGGGAACACCUGUUCUCUCAAAAAGCUUUAAGAGAUACAGCAGUCCUCUAAGAACAAGACCAGGACCAGAGAGUACUGGGACCCAUUACUGGCUCUUUUUGGAUCCAGAGACCGUGAAAAAUCUGUCAGAGGAGCGACAUAGUAAAGCUGAAGUUAGCCGGUCUCCUUCACCUCCCUGGAUUACAAACAGAUUUAUUCCAGCUUUUACAAUGAUGGUAGGAAAAUAUAGCCAGCCAUUACAAGCAAAAAGAAAAAAACUUUUUUGCAGAAGAUGUUAGCAACCAGCUUUCAAUUCCUACUGUAAUGAAUACACUUUUGCGACAUUCAGCAUGAGUUUGCAUACUGGAACUUCUGUACAUCCGUUUCCUGAAUCAGACACGGCUAGCAGCACAACUGAAGGUGCAGAAUCAUCCAAUGGAACGGCAGCACAAAGUCAUAGUCAGUUAUCUGUAAAGCCGUUUGGCUCCGCAGCUGCUAGAUUCAAAAUCCGCUCUGCUAAAACACUUACUACCAAGGACCUCAGGACAAAAAGCUUUUUUUUCGAGGGUGGAAAAGUUGAAGACUCAAGACAGAAAAGUUAUCCUAGUAAGGACCUCAAUAAAGCCUGUACUUCUACUAGUUAUACCCACACUAACACUGAUGACAAAGAGUCAUGUAAAACGUUAAGUAAGGAUACACGCAAGGACUCAACUCUUUCCAGCAGUUCUGAGAAGGGUGAUGUGAGCGCUAAGAAGUUAAACACUCAAGAAGACAAGAGUCAAGCAGCAAGUGACAGGAGCAGAGGAGAUGAGUUGAGGAGAUUUUAUCAUACAAACAAAAGCAAAAGCUUAGACUGGAGAGCAGGACAUAGCAACAGAACUGGGAUGACUAGUGGGACAAGAGAAUUUGACAAUUUUAUGAGGCGAUCUGAUUUAGAUAGUUUAGAGAGAACAGGGACAAACAACAAGAUAACUUCAUACACCCAAGAGAAUCAACCCAGUGGUGUUUCAUGGAGGAUUCAAGCUUUCAGUGUAGCCAAUCAAGGCAAUCAGAACAGUGACAGAAAGAUUUACCCAAACUCUGGAACUACAUCUGUGAGAAUGAACCGGGUAAAUUUAGCUCUGGAACAGGCAAACAGUGGCCAGUCACUCCCAUCCAGACUAAAGCCAAGACUUAGCCAAGGUUCUAUUGGAGAAGAUAGCAGUCUGUGGCAAGGUGAAUCAAGUCUUGAUCAGACUGACAAUAGGAAGGGAUCCUGGGCCAAAGAGCAAGGAUCUUCCAAUGCUGAGGAAAUAACUGGAAAUCAAACGAUAAUGGAAAGAAUUGCAAAACUGUAUGGGGCAGAUGCCAACUCUGACCCACACUUAAAGGAUUCAACCAGAUUAAAACGCAGCAAUACUGUAAAUUCUGAUAAAUCUAUUCCCAAAUCUAUAGGCAUGUUGGGCUCUACUUCAAGUCACAGAAAAUACACUACUGACAAUGUGUUUGGAACGUCUUUAGAUUAUACUGACAGCCAACAGGGGAAAACUUCUAAUGAUACAGAAAAAGCUAGAACAUUCCCUAGAGGGUUUUCAAAAACAUAUUUUGAUCAGAAGCAAGAACCCUCUACAAACAGGGAGAACAGAAAUGAUCAAAGAGACAGUUCUUCUGGAUUAAGUUUUUCAGGGUCAUCAAAGCCUAAAAGGAGUACAGAAACGUCUUCUGUCAAAAAAACUCAGUCCCUUCUGCCUGAUGAAAAUGAAGAGCCAAGCAGAACGUUGUUUACAGAGUCUUCAAAGUAUUGUAGUCAGUCCUUAGAAAGGACCAGAAGCAGAAUGUCAGCAAGUGCUAAAUACAAUUCUCACAGGAACCAGCCUGGCAGUUCAAGCAUCUCCAGCCAGGGUGUCAAACACCUGUUAACCACUUCUGGGGGAAUCAAGGAGGAAACUGGCAAUGACAAACAACCAGAUAAAGAGAUUACAAAAAGGCUGGACAUAAAUGAAAACAAGCAUCUUGGUGGUUUGCAAGAUGGAAUCACCCAACCUAAACACCCCCUAGCCUCAGAAGGAGCAGCAUACAAUGAAAUCCACAAAGAGGAAGAGAAAGAUGAUGUAUUCACUGGUAAAACUAAAGGAAAGGUAGGAGAAAGUGUGUUAGAAAAGUCACGUUUACCAUCCUCGGAAUCUGUGAAGAAUACAAUCAACAUGUUUGAGUCUUUGGCUCAACAAAGCAAAACCACACCAGCGAUUCUUCGCACCAGGAGGGCCUUAUCUGUACCAGAGCAUCCCAAGCAUGUGGCUCUAGUGAAGAAGAGUGAUUCAGACAAAAAUCUACAUUUUGGAAAUGUUGUAAGGGACACAGAAAGCAUAAGAACAAAUUUCUUUAGCAAAAGCAAUUCUAAUGAGGAGGUUAAAUGCACUCUAGACCCAAGUAGAACUCCUCAUUCAAAUUCCACAGUCAAAGUAAAACAAACAUUAGAACAACAACAAGAGACACACAAAAAGAGUGUUGAGCUUGCUCCAGCAUUAAAACAAAUGAAUGAAUCAAGAACUGAACAAGGUAUCAACAUGAGAGAUGAAGAUGAAAGGAGUAAUGUGAACCAAAAACACACAGAUGAACCAGAUUCUACUAUCACUGGCUUCUCAGGUCUCAGAGACAUAGGGACCAUAGAAGAAAAAGCAAGAAUCCCAUCGAUCACUCAACAUUCAAAUGUGAAAAGUUUAUUAAAGCAGAAGUCAAUUAAUGUAAAAAUAGUUGAUGAUAAUGACGAUGAAAACACCCCAACUUACUCACCCGACAGAGCCCCUCUCACAAUUAACAUGCAAAAGCAGAGUAGCCCUGGAGCUGUGACAGUCAAUGGUACCCAUCCCAAAGUGCUGCCCAAUCAUUUUCAAACUUCUCCUAUCCAGACAAUAUAUUCCUCACUCAAUAAUUCUAAUAACAACAGCAAUGAAACAAGGAAUGAUUUCACCACAAUCACUACUAGCAUGGCUAGGUGGAGCUCUGAUGAAGAAGACGAUGAUGAGGAAACAGACACUGAAGAAGACUCUGACUCAGGAGAGUCAUCUGUGACUAUCACAAGCAACAUGAGCCAAUCAGAACGCAGAAGUUUCUCAUUAAGUUUUGUGGAACUAUGUAAUUAUGGUGGAGUGGACUAUAAAUCAUCAGAGGAUGAUGAAGAUUUGCCAUCCACACGCUCUGCAUCCUUGAGCUCAGACAUCUCUGCCUUCUCUUCUGUGACUCUGCUGAGCACUGAUGAACUUGAUCGUUUACUGGAUGAUGUCAGGGGCUUGGGAGAUGACACCCUACAGAAAUAUGAAGAUGUGCAAGUGGUUGUAUUACACAAGGAGGUGGGGAGUGGCUUAGGAUUUACCUUGGCAGGUGGAGUGGAUCAGAAUAAACCAGUCACAGUCCACAGAGUGAUACCAGGUGGUGUAGCCGCACAGGAAGGCUCUAUAUUUGAGGGUGCUCAGGUGCUGUCGAUCAAUGGCACUGCCCUGCAGAACUCCACCCACUGGGAGGCUCUGCGUACACUGAGGAAAGCGAAGGGGCAGGGCAUGGCUGUGAUUGUUCUUCAGAGUUGUAACAACAGAAAGGAGGUCACUGAAAGACCAGGAAUCACAGGCAGCAGAGUCAGUGUUAUUCUGAACAAGUCCAGCUCUGAUCUUGGCUUCAGUUUGGAAGGAGGGGUAGGAUCCAGCUCAGGAGACAAACCUCUCACUGUACAAAAAAUAUUCCGUGGUGGCCCAGUCAAUGAAGUGUUUCCUGGGGAUGAGUUGUUGGAGGUGCAAGAUCAGAGUUUGGUGGGUAUGAUGCGUCUUGAGGCUUGGAACCUCAUCAAGAAACUGCCCCUUGGUCCAGUAAAACUCUUACUACACCGUCCUCAGCAGCCACGUUGAAGACCUCUACUUUCCUUCAUGCACCCCAAUUGUCAAAGGAAUUCAGUCAUAAUUUAAACACUGUUUUGUUUUAUUUUUAUUUUUGCUGUUACAGGUUCUAUGAAGUUAUAUGCUUGCAAAUGUUCAGUUCUGCAAUUAGGAAGUAUCAUUCAUCAUAGUAUUUUGGAGUGUUUUUUUUCUUUACUGAUAUUAGAAAUUAAGAGCAUAAAAGCACUGGAGGCCACUUCGUUUAUUUUAAAUAAUGUUUAAGCUCUCAAACUAUGUUACUAUUAAUGUAAUAUUGCACUAUCAUUCUUUAUCAGAAACCAUUACAUAUGUUUUUAUUUUCUUUAAUGCUACUAUGUAUAUGUUGGCUGUACAGCACAAAUCCGCCCUAAUUUAACUUUUUUUCAUAUUAAAGACAAAGGAAGCAACAACAAUUAUUUCAUAUGGCACAUUUAUAGCAUUUACAUUAUUUUUGUCUGUUUUUCUUUUUUUUAAUAACAGAAAAUAUAUUAAGAAAUGUUAACUGUCAAUCAGAAGAUGCAUCUUUUACAGAAAACACAUUUUAAUGAAAUUUACUUCCAUUGAUUACAGAGAUCUUUCAAUGCUGUUCCAGCUUGCAGGUUCCAUCCCUACUGCACUUUCCUGCCUCCUUUUAAAUAAAUAAAGAAAAGAAAAAAGUAAAAAGAAUAAGAAACAAAUUGUUAUGAUAAAUCGUUGUAUUUUGCAAAAUCAGAGCCUCAACCAAUAGCCUAAAACUAUCUUUUUCUAAACCAAUCUUUCAUUCAAACCAAGCAGAAAGCAGUUAAGAUAAUUUUACUCAUCCUGUAAGAAUAUACUGUUUCAGCUAUUGCUUGGUUAAAACAGCAAUAUUCGCCCCAAUGGUAACAUUAAACAUAAUUUUAAACAUGGACGGUGGCUUUGGGAAAGAAAUUUGG